GAAUCUUUCAGAGCCUGUCAUGACUUAUAAGCUUCACAAAGAGCUUGUCUCUGCUGCCAAAUCUGACAACCUGGAUUACCGUCUGGGGGCUAUUCACUCCCUAGUAUAUAAGCUACCAGAAAAGAACCGGGAGAUGCUGGAACUGCUAAUCAGACACUUGGUAAAUGUGUGUGAGCACAGCAAAGAGAAUCUUAUGACACCUUCCAAUAUGGGGGUGAUCUUUGGGCCCACCCUGAUGAGAGCUCAAGAGGACACUGUGGCUGCUAUGAUGAACAUCAAAUUCCAGAAUAUUGUGGUAGAAAUCCUGAUUGAACACUUUGGCAAGAUAUAUUUAGGUCCACCUGAGGACAGCCAAGUACCUCCAGUGCCUCCACCUCGGGUGACAGCAAGAAGGCACAAACCAAUCACAAUCUCGAAACGUUUGCUGAGAGAAAAGACAGUGUUCUACACUUCUUCCCUGGAUGAAAAUGAAGAUGAAGCCCAGCGUCAAACUCCUAAUGGUACAAUCACUAGCAAUCUGGAUACCCCCAAGCUACCACAGCACCUCAAACUACCCAUUCAGAAAAGUGGGGAAACUGACCUUGGAAGAAAGUCUCCAAACAGACCUGUUUCUGACAGCCAGCCGGAGUCCUGCCCAGAGGUGGAUGUGGGGAAGUUGGUAUUUAGAUUGCAGGAUGGAGGGACCAAGGCUACUCCAAAGGCCACCAAUGGACCUGUGCCAGGCUCUGGACCCACCAAGACACCCCCUUUCCCUAUAAAGAGACAAGCUCCCCGACCAGUGGCUCCCCACAAGGAAGGAGAUACUGACUGUUUCAGCAAAGUUCGGCCCCCAGGAGAAAAGCAAACAAUCAUCCGUCCGCCCGUGAGGCCCCCAGACCCUCCAUGCCGGGCCAGUACUUCACAAAAGCCAGAACCAAAGCCAGAUACUGUGGCUGGCAAUGCAGGGGAAAUCCCAUCAUCGGUGGUGGCGUCCAGGACCAGAUUCUUUGAAACAGCAUCCCGGAAAACUGGAAGUUCUCAAGGAAAACUUCCUGGAGAUGAAAGCUGAGGCCACAGGUUUGAAAAGACUUGGCCUUGAGGGACCCUUUUGAGGUUGUAAAAGGGUCUACUUCAAACACUUGUGAGCUAUUUGGUGAUGAAGAGCAGCUCAUUUCUGGCCUUGUACCUUCAGUGUCUGGGAAGCCAUAAAAUAAGGAGCACAUGUCUUAUACAUGUGUCUGUUUCUCCUUUGUAUGCUGUCUUCAUCUUCCCAGAAUGUCUGUUGUGAGCAGCUCCUAGGACACUGGAUGGCUGGAUUCUCUCAAGCUCCAAACUCUACUGAAGUGAAAAUACCCAUUGACCUGUACUGAAGAGGGGAACCUAGAUUCUCACACUUCUCUGAACUUAUUGUUUCCUCAGAGGUCAUUGGACUCUGAAUGAUUCAGGGCUAAAGACUGUUAUUAGGGGUAUCUCACCCUGAUGGAAAGGUCACUUGAGUUGGGGCCAUCGUUUACUGUAUUUGGAAGGGGGUAGGGAUGUUAGCUGAACAUUGGAGAAUUGUGUCAUGUCUCUUUCUGAGUAUAUGGACACUGACUAGUACCAGAUUGGCAUCUUGGUACCAUGAGAUGUUAAUGAAAUCUGGUGGGGCCAGACUGCAUGAAUGAUUCCCACCCAGUGUCCUUCCCCGGGAUGGGCUUAGGAAGGUAGCCUUUCUGCUUUUGCCUCCAGCCUCUGAGGACAAAUCUGCUAAGCAUGUUUUGCAUGUCAAAGCUUAGGCCUAUCUGGAUUUUCCUUUUGCCUACUUCACCCAAUAGCUUCCUUUCCAGCAAUCAACAAAUAAAACAAAACAGAAAAUGUUUCUGUAAAGGGUCAAAUGUUAGGAAAAAUUGUUAAGAUUGACUGAGUCCAAGGAAUUGUUGCCAUUGCUUCUUAUUUGCCUCUAGCUUAAAUGCUCUUUUAUUUCCUGCAAAACAAGCAAACAAACACAACUACAAACAAACAAAACCAGAUCUUAGUCAAGUGCCUGUGGAUUCUGGAACUCCAUGAUGCCCCCAAGAUGACAUACACACUUCCAUGAGGGUAAUGCCUUUUCUGAGCAGAUGGUUCAUAACAUUCUACUGGAUUUCAAAUGGGAUUGCAACCCAAUAAAGGUUAAGAACCACA